GGCCAUAUAAACCUCCCGGCUUCACCCUCUCUCGCCAUCCGCCGCCGGUGCUGCUCGGGCGCCAUGUUUGCCGUCAAACGGAACGCCGUCAUCGGCUUCAAUCUCUAUUGCGGCGGAGGAGGCCCGGGCCUGGUGCCCGCUUCACCGGCAGGAGACCAACCCGCGCCACCCGCCGCCGCCGCCGCUCCGGCCGCCGCCACCGGCUCUGAGGUACCGCGGCCUCUGAUUGGCUCAGCGGGGCUGUGGGCCUCCACCGGCCUCGCCGAAGCCCCCCGCGAUCCUAUUGGCUCCGGGGCUGCCCCCCACUCUCCGAUUGGCUCCGGGGCUGCCCCCCACUCUCCGAUUGGUUCCGAGUUUGCCCCCCACUCUCUGAUUGGUCCCGCCACGGCCCGCCGGGCUCCGUCGGACUCCACACCGAGGCCCGUCGCUCUGUGGAGCCCCGAGGAGGAGUUGGACGGAUACGAACCCGAAUCCGAACGAGGCCCCGGGGGCGAUUCGUUACCCGGUACACCGCCAGAACUGCCCGACGACGAGCUACGGCGGGAUUCCUUAGAGCUCAUCCUCCGGUAUCUCCGGGAAGCGGCGGGAGAAGCGGAACCCAGCGUUAAAAAGCUUUUUCCGGGUCUAUUGGGUGGGCCUGGACGGCCCGGUAAAACGGGGAACGGCGUCAUGGAGAAAGCACUGGAAACGUUGAGGAGGGUCGGGGAUGGAGUGAUGGAGAAACACGAGCUGGCGUUCCAGGGAAUGCUUCGGAAGCUGGAAAUCAAGAAAGAAGAAGAUCUGCAGGCAGUUUGUGAGGUGGCCGCUCACGUUUUCAGCGACGGAGUAACAAACUGGGGCCGAGUUGUCACGCUCAUCUCAUUUGGUGCCUUUGUUGCAAAACACCUGAAAAGCAUCAACCAAGAGAAAUGCAUCAGCUCGUUGGCAGGGAUCAUCACAGACGCUUUGGUCUCAUCCAAACGCGAGUGGCUGAUGAGCCAGGGAGGCUGGGAGGGUUUUGUCGACUUCUUCCGAGUCGAGGACCUGGAAGGCAGCAUCAGGAACGUGCUGAUGGCCUUUGCUGGAGUGGCCGGCCUGGGGGCGAGCUUGGCCUACAUGAUCCGCUGGACUUGACCCCAGGAGAAUAUCUAGGCAUCCCCUGAGCAAUUCUUUCCAAAGAAAGAAAGAAAAGAAGGUAUGUUCCACUCAGAUCGUGGGGUACCAAUGAGGAUUUAUUGCUUUGGGAACAGAAAGUGGAGGAGUUGACUGAUACUCUGCUUCGUUCAAGAGCAUGAGGAGAGAAAGGCAAAGUGGGACAGCUUCAGUUUUAUCCCGGUGGAAACAGAUCUGCUUCGUGAGCCAAUGAGCACCAGCAGCAGCUCCUGCCUGGACUGAUCCUCGUGGCUUUGGCGCGGCGGCUGUUGUGGAGCCGAUGCUUCAGAGUUGUGGUUGUGGGUUUUAUGGAUAAAUGGCAUCUUCAGCUUUCCACUCCGCUGCCUAAACUCACAGUUCUGCCGUCAGAGCCUUUUAGGCAGCGGGUGCUGUGCAAAGCUGAGGCUUGCAGCCCGUGCUGGAACGCGGGGUGGUUUCUAUUCCCUGCCUUCCAGCAGGGUUUGCUCAGGCCGCGGGCGGCCCUGUGAGCUUGCAGGCCUGCAGAGCUGCAGCUUGAGUUGGCACUGUGGGAACCACAACCAGCUGCAGCCCGGCAGGGCCGUGUCCGACUGCUCUCACCGCCACGCCGGCUGUUUAAAAAUAGGGAGAACAUUUGUAUCAAACCCCACGUUGGGGGGCGAGGGAGGCUGCAGAGAAACCUGUUGAAAUAUCUGUACAUCUGCAGAAUGUGAGAGUUUUUACCAGGGUUCAACAACACAAAAAGCAAAGGUUGAAUGUUGGCGGAGCUGCUUAAGGAUGUGUGCUGUGCUUCAGCCCUUGUGUGAGAGGCUUUAGUGGCAAAGCCUUGGAGCAAACCUUUCUGUGUGCUCAAGCAGAAGGGUUUGGGGUUGUAGUGGGGAUCAGUGGCUGCUGCACUCGCUGCCUCCUGGCAGCAGCUGCCACUGCUGUUUUCUUUGAUUCCUUUUGGUUUUCCGAGCUCUUCUGGCAGAUGGGGGGUUGUGGAAGUUUGGUGUUGGUUUACUUCCUUCUCUCCCUUUUAGUUUUGACUCCGUAAGCAGCGAGCACAGCCAAGCUGAUUAUUUGAAUGUAAGUGUUCUGCAGCUGUGUAGAACUCAAUGCCUCGGCUCUGCAGCUGGUGCCAACCCCAAGCACAGCACCCACCCCUGGGGGCUCCUUAUGGGCCUUUUGGGCCUUGCUGUGUUUGGGGUUGAGCACUUCCCUGCAGGGCUGGGCUGGGUGUGGUGAUGAACCCACCCAACUGCAGCCUAAGCAUUGCCCAGUGGGAAGAAAGCUAAAGGCAGGGCUGUUGUUUGGCCUGCCUGGGUGCUCGAGAAGCACUUAGUUUUGUCAAUAAAUGUCUUUUGUUCUCAA